AUGGAUCAGGCAGACAUCCCAGCGCUGCUGGCGCGCCUGUCGAGCGACGAGGAUGCCGCGCGCAAAAUGGCCGUCUUUAAGCUGCAGUCCUCCAUCAACGACCCAGCGUUUGCCGACGUCUUUAUAUCCUCGGGCGGUCUCGUAAUCUUGCGCCGCCUCAUCAUGGGUGCCGGCGGCAACACCUUGGCCUACUCGCUGCAGUCGCUCUCGCGCCUCCUCGAGGUUGACAUGGGCUGGGAUAUUUUCGAGGGUCCCAGCGCGGGGGAUCUCGUCGAGCGCAUCGUCGAACUCAUCGUCACGAACCCGCUGGUUAACAUCCUUCGAGGCGCCAUGUCGAUCCUGGUAGCGCUCGUCAGCCAUUCCCAGUUUGCCAACGAGGCCCGCGGCAACCAGGGCAGCUUUGGCUUCCGCGCCCUACGGCCCGCCAUUGCUGUGUAUCCGCAGUUCUUUGAGCUUGUUGUCCAGCAGCUACAGAGUGCCGACCACGCCCUCUGCGCCAACGCCCUUAUGCUCACAAACGCCCUGAUCCGUGACGCUCUGUCAAGUAGCAAUACGCCCGAGGGCACAUUCGAGGGGACCGGAGAGGAGUGGACCAAGAUCAUCAAGCGCCUUCACGACCUGGGUCUGGUCAAGGCCGUCUACAAGAUCAUGCAGAGCUCGACGCUGCAGGAUCUCGCGCAUCCUGUACUGGAGUUCCAGGCCCUCAGUAAGCUGUUGCUCCGCCGUUGGAGAGAGGUGGCUGUCGACGUGGAGCGACCCGAACAUAGACGCGCGCUCAAGGCGCUACAUCUCGCCAGCAAUCCAGAAAAGAGCAACGAGGUUAAUGGGCACGCGAGAGAUGACUCAAUGGAGGGGACGAAAAAGGAAGGCAAGCGCCGCAACCCCGACAAGUGGCGUCGGCUGGGGUUCGAAUCAGAGAGCCCGGCCCAGGAAUUCGAGACGAGCGGCUGUCUGGGUAUGAUGGACCUGGCUGACUACGUGCGCAAGUUUGAAGAUAGCUACCAAAAGACACUGCUGGAGCAGGCCGUCAAGCCAGUCCGAGAACGAUGUCCGAUUGCGCAUGCGAGCACAGCCGUCACAAUGAUAUUAUACAAUCACUUUGAUGUGGACAAGACAGACGUGGAAGACUCCAAGGGAUAUCAAAACCUAGAGGACAAGAACUACGACCAGCUUUUCCGUCCACUGCUGUUGCAGUGGUCGCGACUACACACCUCUGCGCUGCAGGCCUUCUUUCGCAUCUGGAAGAGCACCGGCGCCGAGACGGACGACUUUGACAAAGUAGGCGAGCUGGUGCGUAUCCUCGUGGAGCACGUGGUGGGCCAAUCUUCGCGCACACGAGAUGUACUCGAGGUCGAAGACGACAUGGCCGAGUUUGACGUGGCGCGCCUGCGCGAGCUGCAGAUGGAGCUGCUGGAGCAGUCGUUUGACGACACCUGGGGCGAGCACCUGUACCAGGUCCGCGAGACCCUGCGACAAGAGGCCCUGCAGUUUGUCAAGGAGCAACGCGUGCGAUGCCUGCUGCAGGGCUCGUGGUCGAUGCACCCAACGGCGACGGCGGCGGCUCCCGAGCAGGGCGGCAAGGAACAGCAGCAGUGGCGCUUCGCCAAGCUGUCACACAACCGACGCUACCUGCACUAUGCCGACUUUGACAAACAGACGCCGCAAGAUCCGGGCCUGAACAGCCUGACUGAGAAAAUUGACCUCAACACCAUCAGCUCGGUCGUGUCCAACGUCUCGACCAAUAAUGACCAAGCUAGCCACAGCAGCAGCUCGACAUUGCAGAGCCCACGUGCCCCUGCUUCCGGAUCCCCCAAGACGCCCACAACGACAACCAAGAUUACUAUUUACAGCUACGUGCACGCGGCAGGCGCGGCGCGCGGCGGCGACAGCAGCGAGUACCCGAUCCUGGAGCUAUGGCCGGUCAAUCACAGCCUGGCGUCGGAGUGGCUAGACGGCUUACUGAUGCUGCUGAACCAGACGCCCAUCACCUCGGAGACGAGCAAGCUGGUGAAUUUGGUGAGCGAUUAUGGGCUCAAGAUUCGGCUGCUGAACGUGCGAAUGGACGGGGCGCUGGAGGGGCCGCCACCGGGGGCGGGCGAGGUGCCGAGUCGGGAUGGCUUGGAUGAAGAUUACUUUUAUGAAAUUUGA